GACCUUGCCUCGCAGAGGUGUGGUUCACGUCACCAGCCUGAGCGCUCACCUACCUCAAUGGCUACACGUUCAGCCAUAUCGUGAUUCGCUGCUGCACGCAGUUUCAGACUUGAUCAAUGGCCAGGAGGAUUUGCAUCUGCAGCUGGCACAGGUGCGCACGCCUGACGGCGAUGGCCUUGGAUCAGAUGGCCCCUAUGGGACGGCGACUUCGUGCUUGGCAGCGGUGGUGGUUGCAGUGACGGCCCUGAGCAACCCGGAGAAG